AUGCGUAUUACCUCGCAGUAUACUUCUAUAUAUGUGGGUGUAUCGAGAGUUAAAUUAUUAAAUACAGUGCUGAAUGAAAGAGUGAUCACUAAAAUAGUGCCUACUAACGCAGUGUUCACUAACAAAGUGCUCAGUAACGCAGUGUUCACUAACAAAGUGCUCAGUAACGCAGUGUUCAGUAACAAAGUGCUCAGUAACGCAGUGUUCAGUAACACAGUGCUCAGUAACGCAGUGUUCACUAACGCAGUGCUCAGUAACGCAGUGUUCAUUAACGCAGUGCUCAGUAACGCAGUGUUCACUAACGCAGUGCUCAGUAACGCAGUGCUCACUAACGCAGUGCUCAGUAACGCAGUGUUCACUAACAAAGUGCUCAGUAACGCAGUGUUCACUAACAAAGUGCUCAGUAACGCAGUGUUCAGUAACGCAGUGCUCAGUAACGCAGGGUUCACUAACAAAGUGCUCAGUAACGCAGUGUUCACUAACAAAGUGCUCAGUAACACAGUGCUCAGUAACACAAUGUUCAGUAACGAAGUACUCAGUAAUGCAGUACUCAGUAACACAGUAUUCACUAACACAGUGCUCAGUAACACAGUACUCAGUAACAUAGUACUCAGUAACACAGUGCUCAGUAACGCACAACUCAGUAACGCCUACGUGUGCUAA